UUCUGGAGCCCAAGCUCUUCUCACAGAGGGAGGGACAGAGAAGACAGCAGCCACCAUGCAAUCGCCCUCAGCCACUGCUCACAGAGGGUGUGUCCGCUGGCAGGGGCUCCUGCUGGCAGUCUUGCUCUUAACCAUUUGGAAUCUGCCCACCACUGCCCAAAUCACUGUCAAAGCAGUGCCGCCCAAUGCUGUUGUGGGGGAGGAUGUUCUAUUCCUUGUCUCCGGCCUGAAUCAGAAUCUUUAUAGCUAUAUCUGGUGCAAAGGGGGCGGAAUACGCCGCAAAGAUAUAAUUCUAUCAUAUUUAGUAGAUAGAGCAGAAAUUACCCCAGGGCAUAGAUAUGAUGGUCGAGAGAAACUAUACCCCAAUGGAUCCCUGCUGCUCCAGAACGUCACCCAGGAGGACACAGGAUGCUACACCAUAGAAGCCUUGCAGAGAAAUAUGAGAAUUGAUACAGGAACUACACUGCUCUGUGUACACCCGCUGGUCUCAAAGCCCCCCAUCAGAGUCCGCAGAGGACGUAGGGACCCCAGUGACAGAACAUAAGGACCUUGUGGUCCUGACCUUCCUCACAAGUGACCCUGGCAUCUCCAUCCAGUGAUUCUUCAAUGACCAGAGUCUGCAGCUCACAGAGAUAUUGAAGCUGUCCCAGGAAAACAGCACCUUCGCCAAAGACCCCAUCAGGAUGGAGGAUGUUGGGGCUUAACAGCGUGAGGCCUCCAACGUGGUCAGUUCCAGCAAAAGUGACCUCUGCAGGCUCAAUGUGAAAGAUGAGUCUGGCCCUCUGGCCCUCUUACCCUCCUCUGUGUUAUUCAACUCUGAAUAGAUUUUUUUUCUUAUCUGUAAAAUGAUGAUCUGAUGUACUUUUCAAGUAGAGUUGUGAUAGUCAAUGCUGAAGGUGGAAGUUCCUUAGAAGACUUGCAUUGAGUCAAUAAAUG